CGCUUGCCCUUGUCAAACCCAAACCUCACUGUUUAUAUGCUAACGUGAAAUGCCUCGACUUGAGUGGCUGACAGACGCAGUAACGGCUGAAACGCGACCUUAAAAGAAGGCUGCCUGUCACAAAGUCAGCGCUACUGUGCCAGACUUGAACAUUUAGAGGGAAACUUUGCCUUUUUUUCUUUUCUGUAUAAUUGAGAAACAUUUUCUGUUAGUAUUAGCACUCAACUUUAGGGUUCACAUAUCAGCAAGCGUGUAGUUUUAUCGGCUAGCAGCUAGCAUGCGUUACUUAAUCGAACUCUUACAGUUAAACUUAUGUCGAAAAACGGCUGAAGAGUGGAAAUAAGAGGCGAACUGAGGCACGUCGAAGCGCACAAAACCUGGGUGCUGCCAGUUACGAGCUCCCUCGGCUCCUGGUGGUGCUGUCCGCUCUCAGUGGCUUGAAUUCAUGAGCGUGCUCUUUGUGUAGUCUGCAGUGAUGGGGAGCGGAGUCCACGAACAACAGCGCUCACUGACACAAGGAGAAGUGGCGCCGUUGCCUUCAUCCAGUCAGUCAGAAGGGAGCUAUGAGGGCAUGAAGCAAACCCGCUCCGUCCUAAACUCGCUGUUCUCGGGGGCUUUAGCCGGAGCCGUGGCAAAGACUGCUGUUGCCCCACUGGACAGAACCAAAAUCAUUUUUCAAGUGUCUUCAAACCGAUUUUCUGCAAAAGAAGCCUACAGGUUGAUCUACCGAACUUACCUAAAAGACGGCUUCCUCAGUCUGUGGAGGGGGAACUCUGCCACCAUGGUGCGAGUCAUCCCAUAUGCUGCCAUCCAGUUCUGUGCACACGAGCAGUACAAGAGACUGCUGGGAGGUUAUUAUGGCUUUCAGGGGAAAGUUCUGCCUCCAGUCCCGAGGUUAUUGGCUGGGUCUUUGGCUGGAACCACAGCGGCCAUGCUGACUUACCCUCUGGACGUGGUGCGGGCCAGGAUGGCUGUGACGCCCAAGGAAAUGUACAGCAAUAUUCUGCACGUUUUUGCACGGAUCUCUCAGGAAGAGGGUAUAAAGACUCUGUUUCGAGGUUUUACCCCAACCAUUCUGGGUGUGGUUCCUUACGCCGGUCUGAGCUUCUUUACCUAUGAAACGCUGAAGAAGUUGCAUGCAGAACGGACUGGUCGCGCACAUCCCUACUCUUACGAACGUCUGACCUUCGGAGCCUGCGCCGGUCUCAUCGGUCAGUCGGCGUCUUACCCCCUGGAUGUGGUAAGGCGGCGCAUGCAGACGGCGGGUGUCACAGGCCACACGUACGGCACCAUUUUUGGCACCAUGAGGGAGAUCGUGUCAGAGGAGGGCUUCAUCCGUGGACUUUACAAAGGCCUCAGCAUGAACUGGGUGAAAGGCCCCAUUGCUGUUGGGAUCAGCUUCACCACGUUUGACCUUACACAGAUUCUCCUGAAGAAGCUGCAUCAGAUGGGCUUCACUGGACAGUGAUGGCACAGAUGGAGGAGAAGGGUGAGAGGGGAUAGAAGGGAUGCUUGGAGACUUUUUCACAGCUGGAUGGAGGCAAAAGCACAGUGACUCAGGUUGUGCAGGAAAUGAUUCCUGCAGUGGAGGUACGGUGGUUUUUGAGAGCAAUAUGAGCAAAAAGGUGUUAAUCACAUUUAACUGUCGAUGUGAACGAGACCUCUGAGAAUCUUCACAAGAGUUUCCAAACAUUUGCAGAGGUCUCAACUGCCAUGCCCGUCUGCAAGCAGUGAUACCAAAGGGACGGAGCUUGCUGCAGAUAUGAAUGACGUGUGUGACGUUGAUGUUGGUACGAGUGUCAUUGCUAACAUAUGUAAUAUCGCCCAUAUCUUCUCAAGUUUUUCUGCAUUGUAAACGUAUCACUGGAUUUUUGAGCAUUAUUUUGUUUUGUCCGACAGUAAAGUUCGCUAAAGUUUAGGCUCGCUGCAAAAUGUGACAUUUAAUUCCCAGAUUCCCAGUGAUCCAGCUCCAAAUCCAUCGGUAUAGAUGGUCUCUGAAAGGUUUACAAUGAUGUGCGUUUGCUGGCAUGACCAUAUCUGGGGUAUUAAGCUGGUUGAAAACACACUCAGAGUGAACACAUAUGUCUUCCUUUUACUACCAGUAUGAUGGAUGAAUAUUUCCUCUCAAAUGACACUAGUCUGACUCCAACACAGCACGGACAACUUUAAAUUCCCACUUAGCUGGAAAUGCUAACGGAAUAAGUUGACUGGAAAUAUGCAAGGAUGCUUAUGCAGUCUGCAAUGUACAUUAUAGAGUUCUGUGAUUUGCCUCACAGCAAAAUCAAAGAUGCCUAAUUAUUGCAUUUUAAGAUGUUAAAUGAAUUGGAGGUGUUUAAAAGAAAAAUCUAUUUUAUGGCCACGUAUCUCAUGAGGCUGCAGGCCCAGGAGAACGUUUGCAGUGUAUUGAUGGAGGCUUACAGUCGCUGUCAAUGGUUUCUAUACUUAGGAGACAUAGUUGAGAUAUUGAGCUGCUGACUGAGAGCCAAGUGGAGCAGAGGGCAAGUCCUGUUAUCUAGUUCCAAACACAGUUAACACAAUCUGUAUGUUUGGUUUGUAUGUUGGUCUGAACAAGCUAGUACAAAAAACCAUAAAAACCUCUAGGCAAAUCCUUUUAUAUACGAGUAGAGUUUUUACUGUUAAGGUAAUUUGAUUAUUGAAAUCAUAUCUGAAUAUUUUUGGCAUAUUUUUUUGGUUACUUUGAUGAAUUUUUCAUCUGUCCAGUCACUCAUUUACUUUUUUUGCAGUUUUUUUUCCAAACAUAAAAGCCUCUUAAAAGAAUGUGAAAAACAUGGGUUUCCACAGCUUUUCUCACAUCUCCGAGCAUCACAAAAGCAAAAGAUUAGACUUGAGGAUCCAGUUAUUUACAUGGAUUCAUACGUGUGUGGAAAACGUUUUUUCACUGCAGCACAGAGAAGCAGAAAGGGCUGUUUUCACCUCAGGUGAGAGCAAACAGGAUUCCUUGUUCUUUUCCUUCCCUCCAUCGGUCUGAUGAGCUGUAGAUAAACUGUAUCUACAAACAGAAGCAUCGUCUUUUAGUCGCAAUCUAUGAUUUUCUGGACAAAGACAGUAUCUGUGAUUGGUGUGAGACACAGAGGAGCUGCUGUGUUUACAAUGCUCAGACCCUGGAAGGUCAAUGAAUGUUAUUUACUGAUUCUUAAGUGCCUAAAGAGGAGUAGAAAGGUUUUUACUAUGACUAACUUCUUUGGAGAGGUGGUUCUGAUUUUUCGCCUCGUCUCUGCGUUGAAGUGACGAGUUCUCAGGAGGCAGCCGAUGUCUGAAAGUUUGGUGUUGUGAGACUGCAGUGACUGAAUGUAUUACCCUACUAUUAGGUUUUUUUGUGUGACGAUUUUGCAAAAGCUUGAACUGCCAUGCAGAAUCCUGCUGUUCCGUUUGUGAUUUAUUUUGGGAUUCAUUUUAAAAUCUAAAAAAUAAACAAAAAAAAUCCCACUUUCAGUAUUUUUCUUAACCCGCCUGUCAUGCAGAAAUGAAAAUGAAUUAUUAAUUUUGUAACAUCAAAGGAGUUGGGUGAGUGGAGAAAGAACACCUAGACAAUCAUCAAAUGCCAAAAACAUUAUUAAAUAAUUUGCAUUUGCUGACAGCAGCUUAACGUAACAAAACUAAAGCACUACAGUAACUACAUUCAGUACACCCUGACUUUUUUUAAGGGGGGACUCCAUCAUUGAAUUGCAGACAUGCUCUUCUGUAUUGUUGCAACACCUUGUACGAUUUUAGUGGCAGUAAAACAUUUUUUAAAUCCUAGUGCCAACUGAAUGUAAUGUAACUGAGAAAUCACAGCCUGUGUCAAACGUUUCGUGAUGAUGCUGUUUCUGUAGGAAAUGUUCUUAAAGUUCAACAAGUGAAAUAAAACUGGAUGUUAACAAUUA